GCUACUGAACGUAUUGUUUGUCGGGUCUCGAAACCUACACUUUCACUGGUCUUUCUCUCUCUCACUCUCUCUCUGAAACUAACUUGGAUUCAAACAAACCCGAUGAAACAGUUCUCGUUGACGGUUGAUAAAGAGUUAAGCUCGACUGCCUUAAAGGAAACGAGCUAGAAUUCAAGCCCCGUAUCGGGAGCUAGUAAACCCCCCUCGGUUUUAGCAGCAUAAAACCAUCAAAUAUGGCAAUUUGUGAUAAUAUACGUUUCAUAUUUUGUAAACUUUAUAGUGUGAAAGUUGUGUUGACUUAUGUGAUAUUGUUUAGUUCCUUGUUACAAGUGAUGGAUUGUUUGAAACGGAGACCUAGGAAUUUACCUACAUACCCUUGUACAUCGAUGGGAAUUCAGUGGAUUCGACAUCCGGAUAAUUGUGCUAAAUAUUAUAUAUGCGGGUAUGGAAAACCCCAUUUAUUACCACCGUGUCCCCUUGCUUAUGUGUGGUCAACAAAAUACACGAACUGUGUGCCGUCCAAAUCACGUUGGGAUGAUUGUGACUUAGACUCUACGACAACCCCCAAAACAGUGCGUCGGAGAAUGCCACAUUUUAUAACUAGGAAACGUUUUACUACCUCUACACGCGCUACAACUGCGACUACGUUCACAACAACGACGCCGCGGCCGUCAACAACGACUACGCCACGGCCGUCAACAACGACUACGCCACGGCCGUCAACAACCACUACGCCACGGCCUUCAACAACUACUACGCCGCGCCCGACCACAACAACGACAACCCCUACCACUACUACUAUAACGACAACACCCACGACUACCAAAACAUCAACGACUACAACACCUCGACCAACUACUACAAAAGCGUCUACUACAACAUUGAUCACGACUACUGCAGCGUCUACAACAGUUAGUGAUCCUACCACAGCGUUACAGACAAUGUUUCCAACAAAUCAUGAUAUUCCGGAAUAUCCAUGGACACCAUCGUUUUGGAAAAAACACACCUUUUAUCCGACGUAUGGAAUUACCCGACGAUUCGAACACACGAGUCAAAGAUAUGUGCAACUCAGUACCACAGAGCCGCCCCCAACGACAAUGUUUUGGCCUAGCCCACAACCAGCAACACCAAGACGACCAAUUAUUAUAGAAUCUACGUUUAAGCCACCGGAUGAAUAUAAGACUUCGAUACGACCCCCAAUUAAAUAUAAUCCAGAAUGUGGUGUUGCUGUAUCGAAAAUGAUUGUUGGAGGUACACCAUCCCAUGGCGGACGAUGGCCAUGGGUAGCUUCCCUCAGAUUAACUUGGGCUAACAGACACGUUUGUGGAGGAACACUGGUCCAUCCACAAUGGGUUGUCACAGCCGCUCAUUGUGUAUUUGGAUCUCAGUUUGAAAAAGCUUCUGAUUGGAGGGCUAUAUUAGGAGAGACACACGCUGGUAAUGCCGGAGCUCAGAUGCAGAGGGAAGUUGAUUUAAUUGUCCGGCACCCCGAGUUUGUAAACGGAGGUAAUUACCCCAAUGAUAUUGCUAUGAUGAGAUUAGAUAAAGCUGUUGAUGUAGCAGGUCUGUAUAUCAGACAUGCCUGUUUACCGGAAAGAGAUGCCAAUUUCCAACCAGAAGACUCGUGUUGGAUUAUGGGAUGGGGUGAAACUAAAGGUACGUCAGUCUAUUCGAGAGAGUUCCAUGCUCAGGGCGUUCUUCAGGAACUCAAAGUAACAGUAAGGAAAAAUAAUGCCUGUGCUGCAAGAUGGGGCUGGAAAAGAAUUCUUAAUUCACACAUAUGCGUAGGAAAUGGCGACAUAGGAGCAUGUAAUGGAGAUUCUGGUGGACCGUUGGUUUGUUCUAGAAGAGGUUACUACUAUUUAGUAGGUGUGACGUCAUGGGGUGUCAGCGGUUGUCAGACCUCGGGAUAUCCCAGUGUGUUUACACGGACAUCAUUUUAUCAUGAUUGGAUGGAGGAUAUCAUUCAAACCUAUUCCAAAAGAUGAUGGAAAUAGAAAGGACCCAUAAACAAAGUGGUUUGGAGAAAGUGGAAUAUGUAAUAUGCGCAUGCGUUGAGAUCGCGAUAAGAGUGGACGUAUGUGAGAACAGUGUAAAAGGAACGUACAUGAUUCGAGUGAACAUGUUUAAUAAUUUGAUAUAAUAUGAAGAGAAUUCCAAGAUAGCUGUGAUUUUACUCUUUUUAUAGGAGUAGUUGUAAAUAUUAUUAGUAAGGGAAAUAGCCAAUAGUGAUAUUAUCACCUCUUUUAGUGAUAUAGUGCUAUUACAUAAUAUGUAAUCAGUAUAAGUAUUAUUAUUUUUUUUUAAAAAGUUAAUUGACUGAAGGUGUUGCUAUUAUUAUGAAAGCAGAAUGAUGUGCAAAAUGUGUGCUGAAAGGGGUAUACUCAUUUGUUUUUUGGGUAUUAUUUUUGCAGACAAUAUUUAGGUGUUGGUCGUUUUCAUAGGAUUAGCAAAUGGAUGUAUUUUUGACGUUGUAACUAGGCACACUGAUCAGCAGUGAAUAUUCGCUAGGCCGCAACAAUCACUGAUAAGGAUGACAUCCGUGCGACUUAAUGAGUCUCAAAUAUUAACUUAUUUCCACUGACAAAUUAAAUUCUAAAACAUUUUUUUGAUGUAUUAGAAAAAUAAAUACAGACGUUUGACGUAUUUGUAGGUAAAAAAUAUUUCCAAUUUAGUGUAAAUGGGUAUUAAAAUGACUAAAAGACAGUAUUCUGCCCGAAGCAGUAACGUCUUAUGUAAAUGAUUGACGCCGCGUGCUGCGACGGCACUUGUUAAAGGCAGUCAUCAUUUACAGAGAUAUUAGAAGACUCGUAAUUAUCUGUGAAACAGAUUGGUAACUAGGUUGUAGUUAAUAUCGAAUGGUAUCUGUGUUUGAUCCUUGGGCGACAAUUUAGAGUAAGAAUUUGUGUCAAUUCCCUGAAAGUUGAAAAUUAAGGCGUUUAUGUCUCGUGGAUUGGCAGAGUUGUCUAAUUUUUUUUAAUAAAAUCAAAUUAAUUUAAACCUCAUCCCACCGCCAAUAUAAGUAUAAUUUAACGGAAAAUUACGUCAAAUUGAAAACAAACACCCAAUGAAUGCGUAUUAAACUGUAUUUUAUUACAAUACUAUAAAGGAUAAUAUUCCACCUAAAGGUGAAAUGAUACUAUAGGUCUGGUAUAGAAACUGUCUCGUUGCUAAUUACAAGAAUAAAAACUCCGUGAUGUACCCUCGUUUCUUUGUGUGUGACUACGUGUUAAUUGCGAUUGUUUUUUGAACCUGUUAAAAAAAUUGUCGUUGUUUGGUCAAGUGUUUAAAUGAACGUUAGGUUAAUAGAUUUUCAAAGAUCAAAGUGGUUGAUUUAGCACCUUAGUUAGCCCAUCCCUUGUACGUAAAUAACAGUUUUGUAUGGUAAGGUCAGGUAUACUGCAUAAGUAUGUUUAUUCAGAUUACAUCAAGUACAUGAUCUAUGUACCUUCGUUUUAUUUAUGAUUUUUUUAAUACUAUUUUAAGAUUUUCUGGAAAAAUGAUGUAUUUGAAACGUGUAGCAAUACUGUUUAGAGCCUUACUUGCAAAUAAAAAAAAUGAAAAUAGAAUAUUAAUGUUCCAACAUUUAUAUAAAAAAAAAAAAGAAAAAUGUGUAAUGUGCAUUGCUACUGCGUUCAUUUGCGACCAAUAGAUGAUAUAUUAAACAUACAUUAUGCAAAAGUUAAAUCUGCCUAUUAUAGGUCCUUCUUUAGGCCUGGAAUGUUAUAAACUAUUAAUUAGACAUUUAUUAAUAUGACAAGACCAUAAUCAACUCUCGACAUAUUUUGAUUUAAUUUAAAAAUGGGGAAGCGAGGCCAGGAUAGUGGUUACAAUUAAUGCACACAUCUUGUCAAACCUUCAAAGGCUAAUAUCUUCGAUCGCAAUAGAGUAAUUUGAAUGAAAUUUUUAAUAUAUUUAUUUUGCAUUAUCCAUUUUCGAACUAUUAUAUAGCAAGAAUGGCUAGCUCUUUAUCUAAAUCUUACAUAAUGUAUCUUUAAUUAAUAAUUAUUUAUUGUAACUGUACAAAAACAGUGCUGUAUUAACGGAGACAUGUAAAAUAUCCUUUAUAUAUAUAAUUGUUUAUGGAUAGAUGUAAUAUAAUUGUUGAAUAAUGAAUGUAUAUAUUAUCAUAGUUGUUCCUGGUGAAAUGUAGUAUAAUUUAUAUCGUAU